UGACGAACAAGCAGCAUAUGGUGUUCCUGGGUUUGCGGGAUAUCCACAGCAAACAUGGCAACCCGCUGUAAAUCGACGUCACUGGUCUGCGGCUGCCAGUGAGUUUGCUGUUGCUAGCUUUUGUUCGCUGAUCGAUAAUCUGGUUAACUAGCUGGUAGCGCAUCCAGACACGGACACUAAAAUGAUAAAACCUUACAUGUAAAAGUGAAGUGUUACACGGUGAUCAGCCUGGGGUAAAACCUGAAGGGCCUGCAGUGGAGCUGUAGCUUGGCACUGCCACUCCUUCUACCACUGCCUUCUCCCCACCUUUAUUCGCUCACUGCUUCUCGAGGUCGUCUUCUCCAGUUGUCAACAUGGUGGCUGUGUUCAUACUCUGGCGGUGUCACUGACCUCCACCGUGGACUCUCCACCAUGGAGAGGAAACGCAGAAAGAAAUUAAUCUAGCUGCUCAGGCUGUUUGCAGUAUGGACUCAUUUUUAGAACUGUGGACCUGAAAAGCUCUGCUUUUAGCUGUUUGGUUGCCAUCAGAUGCAGCGCCGGCCCGUGUCAAACGGCCUGUCGGAACUGAUGGUUUGUGCCACUUCACAGCUCAGAAUGGUCUGGCUUCCUGUGUGGGCGUCCUUGCUGGUGGGGCUGCUGGUGGGCUUUCUGCCUGUGGUGGGGAUGGAGCCAGCGGGUAAAGCCAAAUCUGUAUCUGCCCUCCCACUGUUGUCUGGCUCCAACUGCUCCCAGCUCACCUUAAAAGUAGAGUUCUCCUCCAGAGUGGUGGAACAUGAAUACAUCGUAGCAUUCACAGGAUACUUUUCAGCCAAGGCCCGGAGUCUGUACAUCAGCAGUGCCCUGCGGAAUGUUGGGAAUACAGCAGUGGAGUGGCAUAUUGUUCCCAGAGAAAACCCAGCCUCUGACUUUCCCAGUGACUUUGAGCUGGUCCACAUCCGUCAAGCUUCGCCCAGCAGCCUCCUGACUUUAGAGGACCACCCUUACAUCAAGAGGGUGACGCCUCAACGCAAAGUGUUUCGUUCACUCAAAUACAUUCCCUCACCCGAGUCUGGAGCACCCUGCAAUUCCACCCGCGGGACACAAAUAUGGCAGUCGUGGCAAUCAUCCCGGCCUUUUCGGCGAACCAGCUUGUCAUUGGGUUCGGGUUUCUGGCACGCCACAGGCCGGCACUCCACCCGACGUCUGCUGCGGGCCAUCCCUCGCCACGUGGCCCAGAUCCUGCAGGCUGAUGUUCUCUGGCAGAUGGGCCACACGGGAUCUGGUGUGAAGGUGGCCGUGUUUGAUACAGGCCUGAGUGAGAAGCACCCUCAUUUUAAAAACGUGAAGGAAAGGACCAACUGGACAAACGAGAAGACGCUGGAUGAUGGUUUGGGUCACGGUACGUUUGUAGCGGGAGUGAUUGCCAGUAUGCGGGAGUGUCAGGGCUUUGCACCGGAUUCAGAGCUGCACAUUUUCAGAGUGUUCACAAACAACCAGGUGUCCUACACGUCGUGGUUCCUGGAUGCUUUCAACUAUGCCAUCCUAAAGAAGAUCGAUGUUCUCAACCUCAGCAUUGGGGGACCUGACUUCAUGGACCACCCCUUUGUUGAUAAGGUGUGGGAGCUCACUGCUAACAGAGUGAUUAUGGUCUCUGCUAUCGGCAACGAUGGACCUCUGUAUGGCACAUUGAACAACCCAGCAGACCAGAUGGACGUGAUCGGGGUCGGAGGGAUCGACUUUGAAGACAACAUCGCUCGUUUUUCUUCCAGAGGCAUGACCACCUGGGAGCUGCCCGGGGGCUACGGCAGGGUGAAGCCUGACAUUGUCACCUAUGGUUCUGGCGUUCGGGGGUCAGGGAUGAAGGAGGGAUGUCGUUCCCUGUCGGGGACCAGUGUGGCUUCUCCUGUGGUGGCCGGCGCUGUCACGCUCUUAGCCAGCACGGUUCUGAACCGGGAGUUGGUGAACCCAGCCUCCAUGAAGCAGGCGCUGAUUGCCUCGGCGCGCAGGCUGCCAGGGGUCAACAUGUUUGAGCAGGGCCACGGUAAACUAGAUCUGAUCAGAGCCUACCAAAUCCUCAACAGCUACAGACCUCAGGCCAGUCUUUCUCCCAGCUACAUUGACCUGACAGAAUGCCCGUACAUGUGGCCAUACUGCUCUCAGCCGAUCUACUACGGAGGAAUGCCCACCAUCGUCAACGUGACCAUUCUCAACGGUAUGGGUGUGACCGGUAGGAUUGUUGACAAGCCCAUCUGGCAGCCAUACCUUCCACAGAACGGCGACCACAUUGAUGUGGCCGUCUCGUACUCACCAGUGCUCUGGCCGUGGGCCGGCUACCUGGCUGUGUCCAUCUCUGUGGCCAAGAAAGCGGCAUUAUGGGAGGGGAUCGCUCAAGGUCAUGUGAUGGUUACAGUGGCAUCACCUGCAGAGAAUGACUCUGAGGUUGGCGGUGAUCUGACUUCCACCGUCAAAUUGCCAGUCAAGGUGAAGAUUGUUCCAACUCCUCCACGGAGUAAAAGGGUGCUGUGGGACCAGUACCACAACCUGCGCUACCCACCAGGCUACUUCCCACGGGAUAACCUCCGCAUGAAAAAUGAUCCCCUAGACUGGAAUGGGGACCACAUCCAUACUAACUUCAGAGAUAUGUAUCAGCACCUGAGGAGUAUGGGAUACUUCGUAGAAGUGUUGGGAGCUCCCAUAACUUGCUUUGAUGCCAGUCAGUACGGCACGCUGCUGAUGGUGGACAGCGAGGAGGAGUACUUCCCAGAGGAGAUCACCAAGCUGCGGAGGGACGUGGACAAAGGUCUCUCGCUAAUCAUCUUCAGUGACUGGUACAACAUCUCUGUCAUGAGGAAGGUCAAGUUCUACGAUGAAAACACCAGGCAGUGGUGGAUGCCGGACACAGGGGGCGCCAAUGUGCCAGCUUUAAAUGACCUGAUCUCAGUGUGGGGGAUGGCUUUCAGUGACGGGUUGUAUGAGGGAGACUUCACUUUGGCUGAUCAUGACAUGUACUACGCCUCAGGUUGCAGCCUUGCCCGAUUCCCAGAAGAUGGAAUAGUGAUUGCCAAGAAUCUUAAGGACCAAGGUCUGGAAGUGUUGAAGCAGGAGACGGCAGUAGUGGAAGAAGUCCCCAUCCUGGGACUGUACCAAACGCCCUCUGAUGGAGGUGGGCGUAUCGCUCUCUACGGAGAUUCCAACUGUAUAGACGACAGUCACAGACAGAAAGACUGUUUCUGGCUGUUAGACGCUCUCCUCCAGUAUACGUCCUACAGUAUGACUCCGCCCAGUCUCAGCCACUCACACAGCCGGGUAGCGCCACCAACAGGCACAGACCGGCUACUGCCACAGAGACUGGAAGGAAACCAUCUUUACCGUUACUCCAAGGUUCUGGAGACUCAUCUGGGAGACCCAAAGCCCCGCCCCCUGCCUGCCUGCCCCCACUUGUUUUGGGCAAAACCACAGCCAGUCAAUGAGACGGCGCCCAGUAACCUGUGGAAGCACCAGAAGCUUCUCUCGGUGGAUCUGGAUAAGAUCACACUGCCUAACGUCAGGCCGUAUCGUCCCCAGGUCAGGCCACUGUCCCCGGGAGAGAGCGGGGCCUGGGACAUACCUGGAGGAAUAAUGCCUGGUCGUUACAACCAGGAAGUGGGUCAGACCAUUCCUGUUUUUGCCUUUCUGGGAGCCAUGGUGGUUCUUUCCUUUUUUGUGGUCCAACUCACAAAAGCCAAGAGCAAACCCAAGCGCAGGAAACCCCGCAUCAAACGUCCCACAUACCUGCAGCAGCAGACGGCGACUGGGAAGAACCCGACGGUCUGAUUGGACCUGCGAUGUACAGCUGGUGCUGGGUUCGGACCAGAGUGGGCUUUACCCUGGCAGAUGUCAGAGGUUCGGGCUUAAUCAAAGUGUCAUAAACUCUAGAGGCGAACGUCUUGGAGCCUGUUGACAAACUUCAGCUGCAGGUACGUCAGCAGAAACCGUUUCCGUGUCUCUGUGGCCCGGGUGCGUGGAUUUGUGGACUAAUGAACAGUAUUCCUUGGUGUUGUGCCUGGUCCAAAAACGGUGUUCUUGCUUUUCUGACCAAACACCUUCUUCAUUGAUGAAAUAUUUUUGACUUUUCUAUUUAUUUAAUUUGUUGAUGCCCUGACACACAAACAUAGUCGCUUCAUACAGUCACAUAACGACAGGUGGACAGUGGACCUGAGGAUGGACUGUUUUUUCCUGAAUGGACAGUCAGAUCCUGCCCAUAUGGAUUCAGUCUUUUUUUUUUUCCUUUUUUUCUCUUUUUUUUUUUUUUAAAGAAUAUUUUAUAAUGAACUCUGGCCAAACCUUGUGUUAAUAUUCUUCUUUGUGACCUGAUGGUCAACAAACUCUUUAAAUACAUCUUCAAAUAAAAAAAGCAUAUUCAAAUCA